UCUCAGGACUCCCAGUGGAUAUCGACUAGUGGUGGAGUGGAGGAGCUAAACUCUCUGCGGUUAUAAUGUCUCACCUCUCCAACUCCACAUUAGACGCAAACAUUCCCUUCAGUGAAGUUAAUUACUACUGACGAAUCCUUACGAUGCGCCACGUUCUUUGACCUUUACCCAGGUGAUCCAACUACAAAAAAUGGCAUUUAGAGCACCUUUAAGACUUCUGAUGAUUCUACAACUACUAGAACCGAUUAUCACCCACAAAGCGCUGCAGGCGGAAGCUAAAGAACAGAAAACCUUUGAAGAAUCAGCAUCCGUUACUGAAAGGACGCAUAAUCCCAUUUCCACAUCCUACGAUAAACCUACAGAAACUGUCAACAACGCUUUCCUUUAUUUCAACAGCGAAAGAACAAGUUCCGCACUAGAAGCAACUCCUUUUCAUCAUCAAGACAUUCGUCACCAUCUGGGAAAUAUAUCAACCUCUCCAGGCUACGUAAGUGGGACGCUGAAUGUACAUGAUAGUUCAAGUUCCAUCAGGCCCGAAGAUGUCGAAUUUGUAAAUAUACGCGAUGAGGAGGAAAACCUACAGAAUACUUCUCUGUACUACUACUAUUAUGAUUAUGACGACGAUAACGACUUCAGCGAGAAUGUACUACGUCAAAUUUCAUUCACAAAAACUCUCUAUUUUUGUGAAUAUCUCUUUUCUGCCAUGUAUGGCGAGUACAGCAGUUUCCCAGAAUCUGGAAUCACCUAUGAUAACCAAUCCGUAGUUGUGAUACAUGAUGAGAAAUUUAUAAAUGCCUGUGCUCCAUUCUAUGACCUGUAUAACAAGAACUGUUCAGACAUGGGGACAUUUACUUUUUGUGCAGAUGAAAAUGUUCUUUUCCUUAACCAACAAGAAUGCCAGAAGCCCUCUGAUCAUGAUGUUCACUUCGAGCAUCUACUGGCAGCAGCCCUCCUUGCAGAAGAUAAAACAUGCUUCCAGUCAGUGUGCACUGGCAGCACAAGGCUCAUAGAUCAUGUUGUCAAUGGAAUCCACGUUCGCUUGUUUCAUACCGAUAAAAUGCGUGGGGAUACAAUUUGUAGCGGAAUACUUCAAAAUUACUAUUUACUGAACGAGAAGGAAGAAGUCUAUGGUCUCAAGAAUGUACACUGGCCGUGCUGUUACCCUGACCAUACUAUGCUAUUGGCAGAUGAUCCUCAAAAACACGAAAUGUUAAGAAGUUGGAAUUAUUUAACUCCAAAAUGCCAAGAAUAUGAGAUGACCAUUCUGGUAAUAAUUUGUAUCAUGACAACGAUUGGUAUCACUGGUAAUAUUGUGGUAAUUAUUGUACUGUUUGGAAAACAAUGUCUCAGCACAGGUUUGGAACUGCUUAAUAUUUCACUUGCUAUUUCAGAUUUACUUCUUUGUCUCUUUGUUAUGGCUCCGGCUGUACACAUGCAUAUCUUGCUUAUGAAUGAGGACAGAGAGGAAGUAAUAGCUUUCAAGAGCUAUGAUGACAUCAUGAGGAAUCUAGAAUAUGGUGAAGUUCCUUCUAAAUCAGGUCACUACCUAUUUUUUUCAUUUGUUUUUAACUGUUGUACUAUAAACUCCAUCCAUAUCCUUUUUGCUUUAAGCUAUAAACGACUUGAAGCAAAUGCUAAAAUACCAUUGCUUGACAGAUUUCCUCCGUUCAAUGCAAAAAUCUCCGUGGGUAUUUUUUGGAUUGUAUCCCUCUUAACAUCUUUCAUCAUCAUGCAUGAUGAUAAUGGAUUUAACUCUGAGUGGAAUUCAUAUGCUAAACUUCCCUUAGGUGUAUCAACUAAAGGUAAAAGGGUUAUACUUCCUUCGCUUAUGGGGAUCUUAGGAGUCGAGUGUGCGAUAACAAUAGUGAUUUCAGGAAUGGCAGUAUAUUAUUACAGAGAAAUUAAGAAAACGGAAGUACGAAGAGAAACAACAAAUGGCAAUGAGGAAGAAAACCUAACACUACCAAUGAUCAUGAUGACUGUCUUCUUCACUAUCUCUACUGUAUCAGGAGGGACAGCCACGAUAAUCUACGUCCAUGACAUAAAGUUCUAUCAAUCAGAGCUGGUUUGCUCUCUCUGCUGGUGGAGCUUCCUAUGCUCUACAUCCUGGAAUCCCUGGCUUUACCAUCUAGGCUACCGGAAGUUUCGAGAUAAAGCAACAGAAAGGACAAAGGCCAUCACAGCGGCACUUUGCUGGGGUGGCUCAUGGAAGCCGUCUGAGAGUGGCAGCAAUCAGUCACUGGGUGAAGCAGAGGGGGUUACUCAGUAUAGCUCCCAACAAAAUCUUCCCACAAUUUCUGCUUCUGUUGAAGGGAGAUUUACUCAUAGUGAAAUAUCGGUGUAGAAAAUACAAUGAAUUCCUUUUCAGUUAAAAAAUGCUUGGCCGGUACGAAAAUGCAAGGACAUUUUCAACUGUACCAUUUCAUACGGCAUAUCUGAAUUACAAGAAAACAUUCGCUGGAAAAACAAAACUAUUCAGUACUUCAAGUAAUAAAUACUUAUCUUCAAAUUCUACAGUAUUGCUACAGAGGUGCCUGUCCAAAGUUCAAUUUAGACUCUUAGUAUUAUUAAGAGUUACAUUUUCAUUGAAUGAUUCCCAGGUGAUAUAGAGAUGGCACAUGCCAAUUGUUUAUGUUGAUCACUGUAUUUUUCACUUCCACUUUUAAUAAAUUCAUUAAUAAAUAUUUACCGCGAAUUCCGUCGAACUUUUAAACACUUGUUGUUCAGUAUCCAACAUAACUGCAAAAUCCUUCAUAAUAAAAUACAAUAUUCCCUCAUGAAAUCUUAUCUGUAAAAGAGGAACGUAACUAGUGUUAAAGGAAAUUACUAUCUUUAAUCAAUAAGAAAUAACUGUCUAAAAAACAAAUUAUGUUUUGGUAGAUUUAGUCCUUUUGAAUGACGCAGUAUGAAAGGGCAAAGGGCAUGCACAUACAAGUAAAUGUGUAAUUAAGCACUACUUAAUAAUAUAAAUAGUUUAAAGUUUCUAGACUUUAUUAACAGUGCAUACUCUACAGUAUGAUGCCCGUCUUAGGAUAUUUAUCGCUGCGCAUUCCCAAUGUUAUCCUUUGUAUCCCCUACAUGAACUAUUUAUGUUUUCCUCUUAUAUAAAUGAUAAUAAAAAAAAAUACUUGCUGAUAAAA